AGGUCCGAGCCUGCAAAAAACGUAGUCCCCUGCCAGUACCCUCUCUCUACCUACUGCCCUCCGACCUUGAGAUUCCAGGACCCGGGCCAGCGUCGUUGUCCUUUGGCCUGCCAGCCCCGCACAGGCGCAGAUGCAGCCUCCCCGCACCUGGCCCGGCACAUAGGACUGCGACAGCCAUGGCGCGCGGAGACGCCCCUCGGGACAGCUACCACCUGGUCGGCAUCAGCUUCUUCAUUCUGGGGCUGGGCACCCUCCUCCCCUGGAACUUCUUCAUUACGGCCAUCCCGUACUUCCUGGGGCGGCUAGCAGGUGCCAACAGCACCACUGAGACCCUGAGCACCAACCACACAGGUCCCACAGACACUUUCAACUUCAACAACUGGGUGACACUGCUGUCCCAGCUGCCUCUACUGCUCUUCACGCUCCUCAACUCCUUCCUGUAUCAGUGCAUCCCCGAGUCGGUGCGUGUUCUGGGCAGCCUGCUGGCCAUACUACUGCUCUUUGCCCUGACAGCAGCAUUGGUGAAGGUGGACUUGAGCCCUGGGCUGUUCUUUUCCAUCACCAUGGCGUCAGUCUGGUUCAUCAACUCCUUCGGUGCAGUGCUUCAAGGCAGCCUUUUUGGGCAGCUGGGUACCAUGCCUUCUUCGUACAGCACUCUGUUCCUCAGUGGCCAGGGCCUGGCUGGGAUCUUCGCUGCCCUUGCUAUGCUCGUGUCAAUGGCCAGUGGUAUGGAUGCCCAGACCUCCGCCCUUGGGUACUUCAUCACCCCCUGUGUGGGCAUCCUCCUGGCCAUCAUUUGUUACCUUAGCCUGCCCCAUCUGGAGUUUGGCAGAUACUACCUGGCCAAGAAGCUGUCUCAGGCCCCAGCUCAGGAGCUAGAGACCAAAGCUGAGCUCCUCCAAGCUGAUGACAAGAAUGGGGUUCCCAUCAGCCCCCAGCAGGCAGGCCCAGCUCUGGAACUUGACCUUGAGAAGGAGCCAGGACCGGAGCUGGAUGAGGCACUGAAGCCAGAAAAACCUGCAAUCUUCGUGGUCUUCCGGAAGAUCUGGCUGACGGCGCUGUGCCUUGUGUUGGUCUUCACAGUCACCCUGUCAGUCUUUCCUGCCAUCACAGCCAUGGUGACCAGCUCCACCAGCCACGGGAAGUGGAGUCAGUUCUUCAACCCCAUCUGCUGCUUCCUGCUCUUCAACAUCAUGGAUUGGCUGGGCCGGAGCCUGACCUCUUACUUCCUGUGGCCAGAUGAGGACAGCCGGCUGCUGCCCCUGCUGGUGUGCCUGCGCUUCCUGUUUGUGCCACUCUUCAUGCUGUGUCAUGUGCCCCGGCGCACCCCGCGGCUGCCCAUCAUCUUCCGGCAGGACGCCUACUUCAUCACAUUUAUGCUGCUCUUCGCCGUUUCCAAUGGCUACCUGGUGUCUCUCACCAUGUGUCUGGCCCCCAGACAGGUGCUGCCGCACGAGAGGGAGGUGGCUGGAGCCCUCAUGACCUUCUUCCUGGCCCUGGGGCUCUCCUGCGGAGCCUCUCUCUCCUUCUUCUUUAAGGCUUUGCUCUGAGGGCCACCAGGGCACCCCACAGUCCUCAUCAGUGCUGCUCUGGAGCUGGGUACUCCCAGGUGAAGGCCCUCCCUCUACUACACCAGGCCUCUUGGUCUGUGGGUGCCUGGAGGGGGCAGGAACUACUACCUUGGCUGGUAGCCACAUUGAGUAUGGUGAGGGAGACGCCACCAGGCAUCGUUCUGCCCCUCACCCAGGAGUGAACCGGGACAUCGAGAGAUGCACCUCAUCGAGACACACUAAGGAGCAGAUUGGAAGGCGGUGAUCAGAAGAAGGUGCAGGGCCAGAGCCCUUCCCUGACACCAGGACCCCAGGGAUCAAAGCCACCUGGAGGCCUUGGCUCCAGUACAACAGCUUCCCCCCAACCCACCACCCACCCCCGACCCAUCCCUAAGGCCCUGGGUAGGGCAUGAGGUGUCGUGGAAGUUGAGGGGAAGAGAAAGUGCAAAGGACUGACCUCUGGACCUCCAACAGUGUUUUUUCAUAGUCAAUACUCCCCGAAUCCAGACGGGCCUGUCUAACAGAAAGGCAGGUAGCCUGCAAGUGUUGCGCACUGCACUUUACAGUUUGCAAAGUUUUCUACAACUAUUCACAGAAGCCUCAGCCUGGUCUCUGGAGCAAGCUGGACAGGGAUUGUGUCUCCCUGAAGUGGGAUGCGACUGGUCCACGGAAGAGUGAGGCCUUUGCCUCCUUCCUCUGUGUAGGUGCUGCCCCUGCCCUUAGCCCACCACUUGCUUCUCUUCCUCAAAGGUCUCCAGGCAGGUGCCCUGGGCACUUGCUACCAUCUUUUCACCCCAUUUCUCCUCUGUUCCCAAGUCCAAUAAAA